AUGGCCGGCGCUUUGAGGUCAGAGAACGAGGCGGCUGGGCUGGAGUUGGGUGAAGGGAAAGCCGUUUGGAUUUCCAAUUUUAGAAUGGCAUCCGUUUCAGGUCUAACUGAAGAAUUGGAUUCUGUAACCAAUGAACUGCAUGCAGUAGACAUUCAAAUUCAGGAACUUCUGGAAAGGCAACAAGAGCUUAUUCAGAAAAAGAACAUCCUAACAAACCAAAUAAAGCAGAAUUUAGAGGCUUCUGGUGCUGGGGAAAGCAGUGAAUGGGAUUCUUCACCUGCUGCUUGGAAUAAAGAAGAUUUUCCCUGGUCUGGUAAAGUUAAAGAUGUUCUGCAAAAUGUCUUUAAACUGCAGAGGUUCAGACUGCUUCAACUUGAAACUAUUAAUGUAACAAUGUCUGGAAAGGAAGUAUUUCUUGUUAUGCCUACGGGAGGUGGAAAGAGCUUAUGCUACCAGUUACCAGCAUUAUGUUCAGAUGGUUUUACCCUUGUGAUUUGCCCAUUGAUCUCUCUUAUGGAAGACCAGUUAAUGGUUUUAAAACAAUUAGGAAUUUCAGCUACCAUGUUAAAUGCUUCUAGUUCUAAGGAGCAUGUGAAAUGGGUUCAUGCUGAAAUGGUAAAUAAAAGCUCCAAGCUAAAGCUAAUUUAUGUGACCCCAGAGAAAAUCGCAAAAAGCAAAAUGUUCAUGUCGAGACUAGAGAAAGCCUAUGAAGCCAGGAGAUUUACCCGGAUUGCUGUGGAUGAAGUUCAUUGCUGUAGCCACUGGGGACAUGAUUUCAGACCUGAUUACAAGGCACUUGGUAUCUUGAAGCGGCAGUUCCCUAACACCGCACUAAUAGGGCUGACUGCAACCGCAACAAGCCAUGUUCUGAAGGAUGCCCAGAAAAUACUGUGUGUGGAGAAGUGUUUUACUUUCACAGCUUCUUUUAAUCGGCCGAAUCUUUAUUAUGAGGUUCGGCAGAAGCCCUGCAACACCGAGGAUUUUAUUGAGGAUAUUGUAAAUCUCAUUAAUGGGAGAUACAAAGGGCAAUCAGGAAUUAUAUAUUGCUUUUCUCAGAAAGACUCUGAGCAAGUUACAGGUAGUUUGCAGAAACUGGGAAUUCAAGCAGGAGCAUACCAUGCCAAUAUGGAACCGGAAGAUAAGACCAAUAUUCAUCAAAGAUGGUCAGCCAAUGAAAUUCAGGUAGUAGUGGCCACAGUUGCAUUUGGUAUGGGAAUUGAUAAACCAGAUGUGAGGUUUGUUAUCCAUCAUUCAAUGAGUAAAUCUAUUGAAAAUUAUUACCAAGAGAGUGGACGUGCAGGUCGAGAUGACAUGAAAGCAGACUGUGUUUUGUAUUAUGGCUUUGGAGAUAUAUUCAGAAUAAGUUCAAUGGUGGUGAUGGAAAAUGUGGGACAACAGAAGCUUUAUGAGAUGGUGUCAUACUGUCAAAACACAAGCAAGUGUCGCCGUGUAUUGAUAGCUCAACAUUUUGAUGAAGUGUGGAAUUCAGAAGCAUGCAACAGAAUGUGUGAUAAUUGUUGUAAAGACAUUGCAUGUGAAAGAAAGAAUGUCACAGCACACUGCAGAGAUCUAAUCAAGAUCCUGAAGCAGGCAGAGGACCUGAAUGAAAAGCUCACGCCACUGAAACUGAUGGAUUCUUGGAUGGGAAAGGGUGCAGCAAAAUUGAGAGUGGCAGGUGUUGCUCCGCCCAGACUUGCUCGUGAAGACCUGGAGAAAAUUAUUGUACACCUUCUUCUACAGCAGUAUCUUAAAGAAGACCACAGUUUCACAGCGUUUGCUACCAUCUCAUAUUUGAAAAUAGGACCUAAAGCCAAUCUUCUGAACAAUGAAGCACAUGUCAUUGCUAUGCAAGUAAAGAAGCCCACGCAGAGCUGUUUCAGGAUUGAAUCAUCUCAAACUUGUCAUUCUGAAGGAGCUGAUAAAAAAAGGGAAGAAAAAAAUUCAGGUCACUUCCAGAAGUCUGCAAACAUGCUUCAGCAAUCUAAGAAUACAGGGACUAAGAAAAGAAAAAUUGAUGAUGCAUGAGUGUUCCUACAUUUUCCAAGAAAACAUGCUUUAUGC